AUGGCGUCCGCCGCGUCGUCGAGCAGAGCGGCGGUGGAGGACAAGAGCGAGCCGACGAGGCCACUGGCCAUCUGGUCCCCGUCCAUCUAUCCCGCGGCCGGCGACGUGGAUGAGGCGGAGCAGACGGCCAAGGGGUGGCGCUCCGUGCAGUACCUCCGGAAGCGCCGGCGGUGCCUCCUCUGCUGCGGCGGCUGCUGCGUCCUGACCGUCGUCAUCGUCGGCCUCAUCAUCCUCAUCCUCGCGCUCACCGCGUUCAAGGUGAAGGACCCGCGCAUCACCAUGAACAGCGUGUCCCUCACCGCCAUCAGCUCCGGCGCCGGCGCCGGGCUCUUCGACCCGGUCGCCACCAACGCCACCUUAACCGCCGACGUCUCGAUCAAGAACCCCAACAUCGCGUCGGUGAGGUUCUCCCCCAGCGCGACGGAGGUUAGCUACCUGGGGCGGACUAUCAGCGUGGUGUACGUGCCCGCCGGCCGCGUCGGCGCCCGCCGGACGACGCGCAUGAACGUGACGCUGGACAUCCUCGGCGACCGGAUGGCGCGGAUGUUCAACAUCACCGGCCUGGUGCUCGGCGAGGUGUACAACCUGACCACCUACACGGAGAUGAAUGGCACCGUGAAGGCGCUGGGGAUCUACAAGAAGGACCUCGAGAUGAGGAUGAACUGCUCCAUCAGCGUCGCGGUUGGCGGCAUUUUCAAUGCGUCAGGGACGCCCACCGGCGCGCAGGGCGUGAGUUGUGUUGCGCGUGUGAAGCUGUGAGCUGACUAGAGUGUCUUUGCGAUUUGCAUGGUGGCUUUGAGGAUGUUCCUUCUACUCUGCAUUUUGUUUCUAUCGCCUUCUUUUC